UGGAAGUUUAUGUUGUUAGUUAAACGUAAAUGAGAUCUGGGUUUCUUUCAAUUUCUCAUAAAGCUUGUGAAUUUGUGCUGGAUCUUUGGCCAUUUUCUCUGUGGUUCACUGUACUUUCAGAUCUUAAGCUUAUAUUGCUUUUUCCUAUUGUGAAACAAAAUUCUCCGUUUGCUUUUACAGUUCAUCAUCACAACAUUGCUGCUGUUAGGCCCUGUUUCUAAAAGUUCAUGACUUUCUUUUCGGGGAACUUAGUUUUCUCUAGUUUUAUGGUAUCAAAGUGAGUGCUUUAGUUUGAUUUAUUUUGCCCUCGCUGAAGAAUAAUGCUGGUGGCAGUUGUGACACGGUGAUUUGGGGGCGGUUGGCACUGCCGGAAGUUGCUUUGUUUCCAUCAUGAUCAAACAAAUUCUAAGCAAACUCCCACGGAAGUCACAAAAGUCAGAUUCAUUAGAUUCAGCUGGGUUUGAUUCUGGAAAUCAUACUUCGAACUCGGGCAAUGGAGUUCAGUGUACAAAUAUCAGGAAUAGUAUAGCAAGUCGACUAAGUGUUGUUAAACGGGUGUCGUCGGCUGUUUUUCCUGCUAGCAUCAUGGCUGGAGCGGAGGCAGUGGAUCCGAAUCUGUCUUUCAAGGAUGUCUCAAAUCCACAGAAGCAGAACCUGUUUAUCAGUAAAUUGAACCUAUGCUCUGAGGUUUCUGAUUUCAAUGAUCCCGAUAAAGCUACUCCCAAGCAAGAUCUUAAAUGCCAAACAUUGAUAGAACUUAUCGAUUUCGUUUCUUCGGGGUCUGCAAAGUUCAACGAACCAGCAGUCGCUGCAAUGUGUCAAAUGUGUGCGGUUAAUCUGUUCAGAGUUUUUCCACCUAAAUAUCGCUCUAAUGUCUCCAGUGGUGAAGCAGAAGAUGAUGAACCAAUGUUUGACCCUGCCUGGUCCAAUUUGCAACUCGUGUAUGAUCUACUUCUUCGGUUUAUCAGUUACAAUUCUCUUAAUGCAAAGGUGGCAAAAAAGCAUGUGGAUCAUUCUUUUAUUCUGAGAUUACUCAACCUCUUUGAGUCCGGAGACCCUCGGGAAAGAGACUGUUUGAAAACAAUUCUUCAUAGUAUUUAUGAGAAGUUCAUGGUACACAGGCCCUUUGUGCGAAAAGCUGUUAGCAAUAUCAUCUAUCGUUUUGUUUUUGAAACCGAAAGGCAUAAUGGUAUUGCUGAGCUCUUGGAGGUUUUCGGAAGUAUUAUUAGUGGGUUUGCUAUGCCAUUGAAGGAGGAGCACAAAAUGUUUCUGUGGAGAGCUCUUAUUCCGCUACACAAGCCAAAAUCGGUGGGAGUUUAUCAUCAGCAAUUAACUUACUGCGUUGUACAGUUUAUAGAUAAGGAUCAGAAGUUAUCUAACAGUGUGAUUAAGGGGCUGUUAAAGUACUGGCCAAUUACAAACAGCCAGAAGGAGUUGAUGUUUAUAAGCGAGUUAGAAGAGAUUUUGGAGAUGACUAACAUGGUUGAGUUCCAAAAGAUCAUGGUUCCAGUGUUCCGGCGAAUUGCAUGCUGCUUAAAAAGCUCCCAUUACCAGGUGGCCGAACGAGCUCACUUGCUAUGGAACAACGAGCACAUCCUCAAUCUUGUUACGCAAAAUCGCCACGUGAUUUUCCCUCUCAUCUUCCCGUCCCUUGAGAAGAAUUCUCAGAAUCAUUGGAAUCAAACAGUGCUUAACCUGACACAGAACAUACGGAAGAUGUUCAGCGAGAUGGAUGAAGAGCUUCUGCUUGCCUGUCAGCGCAAGUUGGAGGAAGAAAACUCCCAAUCCAUCGAAGCAGCCGAGAGGAGGAAACUAGAAUGGGAACGUCUGGAAACAACUGCCGCAGCUUUCAAACCUUCAGCUACUAAUAUUAUCCCUCCCGUACAACCUGCCGAUCUCCCAGUUGCCUGUUAAGCUCUCAAGGAACUGCAAAUGGCAAUAGAUAGAUUUAGUUCGGAUCGCAGUGUUUGAUGUUGCUUUCUUGAAUAUGGCCAGGUUGUGAUUCUGUGGGGUUUGCAUUUGUAUCUAAAGCUGAAGUUGCUGUACUGAAAAUUAUUAGUGUUACUACAUUACUAUUGCCUGGAAAGAUUCAGAGGCAUCGAGUUGUUGGAUUGCA